CAUGUUAAGACAACUUCUUCCGAGUUAGCUAGAACUCUUUCAAUAGCUUCGCUGUAAAGUUAAGAAAUAAACAAAAUAAUUAAAUUUCUCUAAUUCAUGCAAACUCUGGGUGAGCAACUUCAGCCUCUAUAUUCCUGGUUUGGUCUGAAAUAUCGCUAAUAAAUUCACGAGCGAAUGUUAGCCCGUGUUAGCUAGUUGGCGGUGCUAACAAAAAAUGCUAAAGAAAUUAAACUUGAUCCGGUCUGAAGUCUGUGGCAGCUUCCUCCACAUGUAGAUAUUAAUAGAGUUAAAAUAUAUUUUUAAAAAAGCUCAAAAUAACCGAGAGAAAUAUUUCUCUUUUUUUCCGAGAGAAAUCUGAAAAAUCGUUUGUGUGCAUUUAGUCGGCCCCACCACUAGGCGGCAGCAUCUGUCAGGCACUUGCGUUAUCAGCGGCUUUACCGCCUAUAUUUAAAUUCCUACAGUUUGUCAUAAUAUUAAUGAGACUAUAACAAAUUAUAAAGAAAAAUUUGGUGGAAGGUUUAUCUCUUCCUGGACCGACACAUUUUAAAUAAAUUGAUCAGUUUCUGGUUCUGCUCAUGGUCGUUUUUGGCUCUGAUGUAUGAAGAGAAGUUCCUCAAAAAAGGCGACAGGUGACAAGAAAUGAAACUUUGAUGAACCAGAGGCUCACGCUGCAGUGAAACCCAACCGGCUCUGAAAAUGUGAUUCCUGCUUCUGCAAAACAUUUGAAAACUCGCUGCAGUAAAAUCAGAACAUGUUUGAAAACUGGGACAGAAAUGUCUCAAUCAACGCCGAGUUUCCCCUUUCAGACAUUUCACAUCCUGCAGCAGCUAACACCGUUAGGAACAGAAGCUGCAGCGUGGACUCACCUGCCGCUCACCUGCACACCUACCCACUGCUGAGACUCAGUGGGGGGUUCAGAGUGACACCCUGAAAUAAAAAAACAAAAAAACAACAACAACCGGGGGAAAACAUCUGGUUCCCUUUCGCUGCUGACGUUUCAUCCGAGCAACUUCCUCAUUUGCUGAAACAAGAACGAAAACCGAACAGCCGCAGAAACACUCACGACGAGAGGCAGCGCGACCCGGCUCACCUGCGCCUCCAGCUCCCGGUGAAGCAGCCCGGCCCGGAGCGCCUCCGGACCGGUUCGGAUCAGGAAGCGGAGCGGGUAGGACUCCAGCGCCAGCAUGUUGCGGCAGUCUCUCAGCAUCCUGAAGCAGUUCGGAUCGGCAGCAAGGUCGCAGGAUGCCACUGAUCUUCUACAUGAGGAUCUGGUGCAGGUGGAGCAGCGGGUGGAGCCGGCCAAGAAGGCGGCGCAGGUCCUCCAUAAGAAGCUGCUGGCCUGCAUGCAGAGUCCUGUAGGACUGGAGGCCGAAAGGAGAAUGAAGAAACUUCCUCUGAUGCUGCUGUCCAUCAGCAUGGCGGAGAGCCUGAAGGACUUUGAUGCUCAGUCCUCCAUCAGGCGUGUGCUGGAGAUGUGCUGCUUCAUGGAGAAGAUGCUGGCCACCAUGUUGGCCGACUUCGAGCUGACGGUGGAGAAGGAAGUCCUGGAGCCGCUCAACAAGCUGAGCGAGGAGGAUUUACCUGAAAUCCUGAAGAACAAGAAGCAGUUUGCGAAGCUCACUACAGACUGGAACAACGCGCGGGUCAGGAGCCAGGCGAGCAGCGGGCCGCAGGCCAAGCAGGACGGCCUCAGGGAGGAGGUGGAAGAGGCCUGGAGGAGGCUGGAGAGCAUCAAGGACCAGUACUCUGCGGACCUGUACCACUUCGCCACUAAAGAAGAUGACUAUGCGAACUACUUCAUCCGCCUUCUGGAGCUGCAGGCGGAUUAUCACAAGAAAUCCCACGAGUUCCUGGACAGGAACAUCAGCGAGCUCAAAGAGAACCACAGCCAGAAAGAUCCGGCGAUGGGUCUCUCCAGCCUGAAGGUUUACGGCGAGCCGCUGCUGUCUCAUCUGAGCCAGAGCGGCAGGGCGAUCGCGGCGCCCAUCCAGGAGUGCAUCCACAUGCUGCUGAGGACGGCCAUGAGGGAGGAGGGCCUGUUUCGUCUGGCGGCUGCCGCCUCGGUGGUGAAGCGGCUGAAAACCUGCCUGAACCAGGGAGCGGUGGACCACGGCGAGUUCAGCAUGGACCCUCACGCCGUCGCAGGAGCCUUGAAGUGUUACCUCCGGGAACUCCCUGAACCCCUGAUGACCUUUGAACUCUACAGUGAUUGGUUUACAGCUGCAGGAGAAAAAGAUCUGAAUGUGAAGCUGGAGAAGUUCAGGGAGCUGCUGCAGAAACUACCGCCUGAAAACUACAACAACCUCAGGUACCUGGUCCAGUUCCUGUUCCUGCUGUCGGAGCAGCAGGCCGUCAACAAGAUGACGCCCAGCAACAUCGCCAUCGUCCUGGGCCCCAACCUGCUGUGGCCGCGCGCUGAAGGGGAAGCCGCUCUGUUCGACAUGGCUGCAGCGUCUUCGGUCCAGGUGGUGAUGGUCAUCGAGCCGCUGAUCCAGUACAGCUCCAGCCUGUUCCCAGAAGCUGUUGACUUUGAGAUCCCUGAGUUUCCUGAAGUCCCAGAUGCUCCAGCUCCUGCUGCCCAGCCCUUCUUCUCAGAGAAGGACCGACUGAGCAGAACCGUGUCCUCCUCUUCGUCCACGUCCUCCUGCUCCUCCUUCCACCUGCCCCUCUCCAAAUCAAACAGCACGGCCUCUCAGGACAGCGGCGGCGUCUUCCGGGCUAAAUCCGGUUCUGUUGGCAGCCGCAGCGGCACCACAUGGGGAAGCCCCGCCUCUGACCUCGCAGCCAAUCAGAAUGCAGCAUCCAGCGGCUCGUCCGAGUCCAGCACAGCUCCAGCUCCCAGGUCGUCCUCUGGAUCCGGAUCCACGCAGGACCAGAUCCCGACUCCGUCUCCCAGGGCGACGGUGCCAAACCCGGCCGCUCCGACGAGGAAUCUCACCCAGAGGCAGAGUUUGGACCAGGCCCAGCUGGAGCCCAUUCUGGAGGCGCCGCCUGAUUCUCCCAAGGCGACUCUGACGAUAGCAUCACCGUACAAACCGAAGCGAACCUUCAACCUGACCAAAACCAGUGAGCCGGUGGGAUCGGUCCAGUUCUCCAAACCCAGAGCGCCGGGACUGCCCAAGGCUCAGGCUCCGCCCCCUCCAGCCUCAGCUCCGGCCGCCGACGCCACGACGGCGCCGGGUGUUCCACCCACCAGCGUGAAAAAGCCUGCGCCGAAAAGGGGCGGAGUCAGAGCGCCGAGCUGUCCGCCGCCUCUCCCACCGCCUUCGCAGCCCAAAACGUUUCCCUCCAUGGCGCAGUGAGGCGCCGUCGCACUCUGGCCCACUUCCACAUCACUCCACCGAUUGUAACGUUUUAUCCCCAAACACGUCAUUUAUUUAUUGUCUGCAGACCUGAAGCAGCUGUUGGUGUUCAACUGAUGGAAGCUGAGAAAAUCAUCCCGUUUUGUGUUUCUGUUUGUCAAACUAAAAAAACAUGUAAAUGAAUGGAAAUCUAAUUAAAAAUGUCUUUAUUGUUCA